UGGUGGGAGUUGUAGUCCGGCCGUGGUUGGGGGGGGGGCCCGCGGCUCAUGCGCGGUGCACCGAGGCUUGUUUCACAUCUGUAACAACAGGAGGAGGCCCAGCCUCGUGAUGAGGAAUAGCAAGGAGAGAAUUCAGCUCCAGUUCAGAAGCCUACAAAAUCUGAGACUGUCACUGCUCUUGUAAGUUUCCUCUCUGAGCUACCAUAUCCUAUCGGCUGAAAUUUCCGGCAUCCCUGGGGGAGAGGAGGCCAUCAGGGCAGACCUGCUAUGGACCUGAAAGAUUCGGCCCCAGGAUUCCAGCUUUCCCUCCUGGCCAGAAAUGUUCAGCCUGGACUCAUUCAGAAAAGAUCGGGCCCAGCACAGGCAGCGUCAGUGCAAACUUCCCCCACCCCGCCUUCCACCCAUGUGUGUCAACCCUGCCCCUGGAGGGACCAUCUCUCGAGGCUGAACGUUAACAUUUCCAACAUGGCAGCUUUCAGAUACCACAGUUUUCAAAAUUUGGCCUCAGCCCCUAAUGCCAUGACCAGUCUUGCUUCUAGGGACCUAUUAAAAGAGUUCCCACAGCCCAAAAACCUUCUCAACAGUGUAAUUGGAAGAGCCCUCGGCAUCUCACAUGCAAAAGACAAAUUGGUCUACGUGCACACGAAUGGACCGAAGAAAAAGAAAGUCACCCUCCACAUAAAGUGGCCCAAGAGCGUGGAGGUAGAAGGCUAUGGCAGCAAGAAGAUCGACGCUGAGCGACAGGCUGCGGCCGCGGCCUGCCAGCUGUUCAAGGGCUGGGGCCUGCUGGGUCCCCGAAACGAGCUGUUUGAUGCAGCCAAAUAUCGUGUGCUAGCCGAUCGCUUUGGCUCUCCGGCUGACAGCUGGUGGCGCCCAGAACCCACCAUGCCACCUACUUCCUGGCGGCAGCUGAAUCCCGAGAGCAUCCGGCCAGGGGGACCUGGAGGCCUGUCCCGCUCCUUGGGCCGGGAGGAAGAGGAGGAUGAGGAGGAAGAGCUAGAAGAGGGGACCAUUGAUGUCACCGACUUCCUGUCCAUGGCCCAGCAGGACUCCCACACCCCACUCAGGGACUCGAGGGGGGGUUCCUUUGAAAUGACAGACGACGACAGUGCUAUUAGGGCUCUGACCCAGUUUCCACUUCCCAAGAACCUUCUGGCCAAAGUGAUUCAGAUAGCAACAUCGUCCUCCACAGCUAAGAACCUCAUGCAGUUUCAUACCGUGGGCACCAAGACCAAGCUGUCUACCCUCACUCUGCUUUGGCCCUGUCCCAUGACCUUUGUCGCCAAAGGGCGCCGCAAAGCGGAGGCUGAGAAUAAGGCAGCAGCCCUGGCCUGCAAGAAACUGAAGAGCCUGGGCCUGGUGGACCGCAACAACGAGCCGCUCACCCACGCCAUGUAUAACCUGGCCUCUUUGCGUGAGCUGGGUGAGACCCAGCGCCGGCCAUGUACCAUCCAGGUGCCUGAGCCCAUCCUCCGCAAGAUAGAAACCUUCCUGAACCAUUACCCUGUGGAUAGUUCAUGGAUCACCCCAGAACUCCGGCUGCAGAGUGAUGACGUCUUGCCCUUGGGCAAGGACUCGGGGCCCCUGAGUGACCCUAUCACAGGCAAGCCCUACGUGCCCCUGUCAGAAGCAGAGGAGGUCCGUCUGAGCCAGAACUUGCUGGAGCUGUGGCGGCGGCGAGGGCCAGUCUGGCAGGAGGCCCCCCAGCUCCCUGUGGACCCGCAUCGGGACACAAUCCUCAAUGCCAUUGAGCAGCACCCGGUGGUGGUCAUCUCUGGGGACACCGGCUGUGGAAAGACCACACGCAUCCCCCAGCUGCUGCUAGAGCGCUAUGUGACCGAGGGCCGCGGUGCCCGCUGCAAUGUGAUCAUCACCCAGCCGCGCCGCAUCUCCGCUGUGUCGGUGGCACAGCGGGUCAGCCACGAACUGGGCCCCUCUCUGCGCCGGAACGUGGGCUUCCAGGUGCGGUUGGAAAGCAAGCCCCCGGCCCGAGGCGGGGCCUUGCUCUUCUGCACCGUGGGCAUCCUGCUGCGGAAGCUGCAGAGCAACCCCAGCCUGGAGGGCGUGAGCCAUGUCAUCGUGGACGAGGUCCAUGAGCGGGACGUGAAUACAGACUUCCUGCUUAUUUUGCUCAAGGGCCUGCAGCGGCUCAACCCGGCCCUGCGGCUGGUGCUCAUGAGCGCCACGGGCGAUAAUGAGCGCUUCUCCCGCUACUUUGGUGGCUGCCCUGUCAUCAAGGUGCCAGGCUUCAUGUACCCCGUCAAGGAGCACUACCUGGAGGACAUUCUGGCCAAGCUGGGCAAGCACCAGUACCCGCACCGGCACCGGCACCACGAGUCUGAGGAUGAAUGUGCACUUGACUUGGACCUCGUGACGGACCUGGUUCUGCACAUUGAUGCCCGAGGGGAACCAGGUGGGAUCCUCUGCUUCCUGCCUGGGUGGCAGGAGAUCAAAGGAGUGCAGCAACGCCUCCAGGAGGCCCUGGGCAUGCACGAGAGCAAGUACCUGAUCCUGCCAGUGCACUCCAACAUCCCCAUGAUGGACCAGAAGGCCAUAUUUCAGCAGCCGCCAGUUGGGGUGCGCAAGAUCGUCUUGGCCACCAAUAUCGCGGAGACCUCAAUUACAGUCAAUGACAUUGUGCACGUGGUGGACAGCGGUCUGCACAAGGAGGAACGCUAUGACCUGAAGACCAAGGUGUCCUGCCUGGAGACUGUGUGGGUGUCACGAGCCAAUGUGAUCCAGCGCCGGGGCCGGGCAGGCCGCUGCCAGUCAGGCUUUGCCUACCACCUAUUCCCACGGAGCCGGCUGGAGAAAAUGGUCCCUUUCCAAGUGCCGGAGAUUCUGCGCACGCCCCUUGAGAACCUGGUGCUACAAGCCAAAAUCCACAUGCCCGAGAAGACGGCAGUGGAGUUCCUUUCCAAGGCUGUGGACAGUCCGAACAUUAAGGCAGUGGACGAGGCCGUGAUCUUGCUCCAGGAGAUCGGAGUGCUGGACCAGCGGGAGUACCUGACCACCCUGGGGCAGCGCCUGGCUCAUAUCUCCACCGACCCUCGGCUGGCCAAGGCCAUAGUGCUGGCUGCCAUCUUCCGCUGCCUGCACCCGCUGCUGGUGGUCGUUUCCUGCCUCACCCGGGACCCCUUCAGCAGUAGCCUGCAGAACCGGGCGGAGGUGGACAAGGUGAAGGCGCUGUUGAGCCACGACAGUGGCAGCGACCACCUGGCCUUCGUGCGGGCCGUGGCCGGCUGGGAGGAGGUGCUGCGCUGGCAGGACCGCAGCUCCCGGGAGAACUACCUGGAGGAGAACCUGCUGUACGCACCCAGCCUGCGCUUCAUCCAUGGACUCAUCAAGCAGUUCUCAGAGAACAUUUAUGAGGCUUUCCUGGUGGGAAAGCCCUCGGACUGCACCCUGGCUUCUGCCCAGUGCAACGAGUACAGUGAGGAGGAGGAGCUGGUGAAGGGCGUACUGAUGGCCGGCCUCUACCCCAACCUCAUCCAGGUGAGGCAGGGCAAGGUGACCCGGCAGGGCAAGUUCAAGCCCAACAGCGUCACAUACAGGACCAAAUCAGGCAACAUCUUGCUGCAUAAGUCGACCAUCAACAGGGAGGCCACGCGGCUCCGGAGCCGAUGGCUGACGUACUUCAUGGCCGUCAAGUCCAAUGGCAGCGUCUUCGUCCGGGACUCCUCCCAGGUGCACCCGCUGGCUGUGCUGCUGCUGACAGACGGGGACGUCCACAUACGUGAUGAUGGGCGCCGGGCCACCAUCUCCCUGAGUGACAGUGACCUGCUGAGGCUGGAGGGGGAUUCCCGCACCGUGCGGCUGCUGAGGGAGCUGCGCCGGGCCCUGGGCCGCAUGGUGGAGCGGAGCCUGCGCAGUGAGCUGGCCGCACUCCCGCCCGGCGUGCAGCAGGAGCACGGGCAGCUGCUCGCCCUGCUGGCGGAGCUGUUGCGUGGGCCCUGUGGCAGCUUUGACGUGCGCAAGACAGCCGAUGACUGAGCCCCGUGUCUGCUGGGGCUGUGUACAGAGUGCAAAUGUUUAUUUAAAAUAAAGUUCUAUUUAUCCCUUGUGA